AUGGAAUGCUUUGGUCUUAUUUUUACAAAUGAAGAUAUCGACACGCCUGUGCCAUUGCAGAAUGUCCAAGUUGAAGCGAAUGUUGUUGAUAUGAUUGCUGAAGUCCAAAUCUCACAGGUAUAUAAAAAUAUUGAAAAAAACACAAUCGACGCUAGUUAUAAAUUUCCAAUUCACGAAGCGGCGGCUGUUUGUGGCUUUGAAGCUGAACUUGACGACGGACAAAUCAUUAAAGGAAUC